UUGACUGCGCCUCAGCCGAGAAAGCCUCGAAGAUGACCGGCGGCCGUUCGCGGAGCACGGACAGUUCAAACACUCGCAGGAGGCUCUAAGAGUUUCAGGUACUUGUGAAAAAAAAAAGCAAAAACAAAAAAGGGCUGCAAUCUUCAAGCUUGGACCCCCGUAUGGCAGACCUGGGCUUAUAUAAUACUCCAGCACAGAUAUACUGCAGAGAGAGACAAUGAAGGCCGAGCUGCUUCACUCCAUGGACCCAUAGCAGUCUUGCAGCCAUGACUUGCAUACACCCCCAGCAUGGAUCUCAGCCCUAUGAGAACAGCGUCGGCAGCUCUGAACCUCAAAGCACAGACUUUAUCUCCUGGUUGGCUGUGGAUAUGAACAGCUCACGGGACCACCUCUCUGCUCCAUCCCUGCCAAGCAUCAGCUCUCUGGUGGGCACUCACGCAGGUGACUUUGACGCAUAUUCAUGCCAGUUCACUGCAGCCCCUGCCCAUGUCACUCCGCCAUCAGGUCAGGAGACCCCCUUCAAGCUGGAUGACCUCCAGGUUUACGGCUGCUACCCUGGAACGUUAACCCUGAGUUACCCGGACGGGGCCAUGUCCCCUGGUGGGUCCGAUUAUUUUGGUAGCCCUGCGUCGGUCUCGUCUCCUUCAACUCCUGGGUUCCAGAGUCAGCAUACGUCCACCUGGGAUUCGGCCUUUGGUCCAUACUCACCCAGUCCAGGAUACUGGGCAUCCGAGGAGACCUCAGUGCCACAUGUGCCCUCUUUCUUCACGUUUGGUUCAGGGUCUGUGGAGGAUAUGUCUCAUUUGGGUCAACCACACUUACGAGACCAGGACUCUUUCCCUUUGACCCAUCCUCACCCACCUGCACUGACCUUCCCCGGCUUGUCGAUGGAGCAGCCCCGUACCUUUGAUGGCAGUGACCAGCUGGAAGGAAGCUUAUCGCCCAAAUUAAAAAGCCCAAGUGGAAAUGAGGGCUGCUGCGCUGUGUGUGGGGACAAUGCCUCCUGUCAGCACUACGGGGUUCGCACCUGUGAGGGAUGCAAAGGGUUUUUCAAGCGUACAGUGCAAAAAAAUUCCAAGUAUGUUUGCCUUGCCAACAAGGACUGUCCUGUGGACAAGAGAAGGCGGAAUCGAUGCCAGUUCUGCCGUUUCCAGAAGUGUCUAGCUGUAGGCAUGGUCCGGGAAGUUGUGAGAACGGACAGUCUGAAAGGACGAAGAGGUCGCCUGCCUUCCAAGCCUAAAGUCGUCCAGGAUGUGGCAACCACUGUGUCUCCAGUGAGCAUGAUUGCUUCACUUGUGAGGGCGCACAUUGACUCAAACCCUGGCGUUGGGAAACUGGAUUAUUCCAAGUAUGACGAGACAGAAGUCAGUCCGAACCAGAAGGAGGACGCUAGUGACAUCAAACAGUUUUACGACCUUCUCACGUCCUCCAUGGAGGUCAUCGGGAAGUGGGCGAAGAGCAUCCCAGGUUUCUCUGAGUUCUGCUCAGAAGACCAGGAACUGCUGUUGGAGUCUGCCUUUGUUGAACUCUUCAUCCUCCGUCUUGCAUAUCGGUCCAAUCCUGAAACGGAAAAGCUCAUCUUCUGCAAUGGGGCUGUGCUUCACAAAAUGCAGUGUGUCCGAGGAUUUGGGGACUGGAUUGACUCCAUCUUGGAGUUUUCUCAAAGCCUCCAUCGCAUGAAGCUAGACGUUUCCUCCUUCUCCUGUCUCACAGCCCUGGUCAUAAUCACUGACCGACAUGGUCUUAAAGAGCCAAAACAGGUGGAGGACUUGCAGAACCAGCUCAUCACCUGCCUUAAAGAUCACGUCUCUGGCUGUGGCGCCGACUCCUUGCGGCCCAAUUAUUUGUCCAGACUCCUCGGGAAGCUGCCUGAGCUCAGAACUCUGUGCACUCAAGGCCUCCAGCGAAUCUUUUACCUUAAAUUAGAAGAUCUUGUUCCCCCACCGCCAAUUGUGGACAAAAUCUUCAUGGAUACGCUUCCGUUUUGAGUGUGAUAUGGGACACUGACCAUCUAUAAAAUCUGGAGUUUGAAAGCCAAAGAAAACAGACAUUUGCUCGUACUUCAAGUAGUAUAAAGUGAAACUGCAAGAAACUAAGAAGAAUAAUAAUCCUGAGGGAUGAUGCAACUCCACAGGAAAAGGGCUACUUCUGAAUUAUAAGGUGAAUGAGUUAUUAAGCUUGUAGAAGCAACAUGCAUGUGAGGGCAUAAAAUAACGCUCUCACUAGUUUGCUUAUUCCAGGAAAUUUUGAACUCUCCAGAUGGAAUUAAGACAGGCCAGCUCAUGGACCAAAAGGCGACUGUUUACAUACAACAUGGUGCCAUAGAUGGAAAGAUUUCUGAUGGAGGGAAGAUGACUGCACUUUUCAAACAGUUACAAAUUGAAUAUAAAUUAUAUAUAUAUACACCUUCAUUUCAAGGAUGUAGUUUUCCUUUUAGUAGCUUUUUUUUUUUUUUUU